AUGACAGAACAUAAGCCGCAAGAAAUGCCCCAUAUUUCUAUAAAUGCUCAAUAUAUAAAAGAUCUUUCUUUUGAAAACCCCAAUGCUCCUGGCUCGUUAGGUGCUUUAGAUCGUAACCCGCAAAUUGACUUAUUUUUGGACCUUAACAUUGUUAGUCUACCUGAAGAGAACUUUUAUGAGGUGGAAUUAAGUAUAGAAGCUAAAGCUAGGAACGAAAACCAUAAGUUAUUUAUAGUGGAAUUAAAAUACGCGGGUAUUUUUAAUUUAAUUAAUAUUCCUACAGAACAACACAAGAUGGUAUUAGCGAUUCAUUGCCCGGCAAUGAUUUUCCCGUUUGCAAGAAAAAUUAUUUCUGACGUGACUCAAGAUGGUGGAUUUCAGCCGUUAAUGAUUGAUCCAAUUGAUUUUGGAACAUUAUAUAACAAAAAAUUGCAAGAAGAAGGCCAAAAUUAA